UUAUAAGUUGAUCCUCGUUGUUUUCGCUGUGAAUGAUCUUAAACGAAAUCAAACGUGUAAAUACUCGCGUGUCUCGCGCCGCCGGUGUCGUGACGUCACCAGUCCGAGUCCGGUCCGCCGCGGCUGAAGAGCUCGUCUUAUAUCCGCGGGAAGCCGCGAUGAAGGGCAGCCGCGCGCGGGAUCCAGGUGUGCGCGUGUGAGUCUCUCCGUCACGUGCGGCGGCGCUCGCUCGCGGGAUGGACGCGUCGGCGCGGCGCUGAGCGGCUCCGGGAUGCGGCGGUGUGCGACUCUACUGAUGCUCGCGCUGGCGGCGGGCGUGAGCGCAGCGCUGCAGAUCCAGUGCUAUCAGUGUGAAGAUGUUCAGCAGGAUGACUGCUCCUCUCCAGAGUUCAUCGUCAACUGCACCGUCAACGUUCAGGACAUGUGUCAGAAGGAAGUGCUAGUCAUGGAGGACGGGAUUCACUACAGGAAGUCGUGUGCGUCGUCGGGGGCGUGUCUGAUCGCGUCGUCUGGCUAUCAGCAGUUCUGUACCGGAAAGCUGAACUCCGUCUGCAUCACCUGCUGCAACACAGCGCUCUGCAACGGCCCCCGACACAAGAGAAGAGCGGCGGCACAGGCCUGCAGGACCUCCGUCAGCUGCUACACCCGCCUGCUGCUCGGACUCAUGCAGCUCUACCUCUGCUCGCACUGACUGUGUGUGUGUGUGUGUGUGUGUGUGUUUGUGUGUGUGUGUGUUUGUGUGAGUGUGUGUGUGUCUGUGAGUGUGUGUGUGUGUGUCUGUGAGUGUGUGUGUGUGAGUGUGUGUGUGUGUGUGAGUGUGUGUGUGUGUGUGUGUCUGUGAGUGUGUGUGUGUGUGUGUGAGUGUGUGUGUGUGUGAGGCUCAUCAGACAGAGCGUGACGGAGCGUAGCGUCAGAGAGCGUCUGCUGGCAGGAGCAGCUCUCACACACUCUCAUAGCAUCUGUUUGUGUGCUUCUCUCAUUCUCAUAUUAAUGAACUUGUGGGCGGGGCUUCCUCAUUUAAUCCCACCAGUCACAGCACACGUGUAGAGACACACACUCUUCAGUGACAGCAGGACAAUCCUCUUCGUCAAACAUCGUCAGCUAGAAUUAUCACUAGACUAUCAUUUAGAUCAGUAGUUCUUUAUUACAUGAUAAAUAAUACAUUGAAUCUACAUUACUGUAAUAGUAUUAUGUAUUGAUCGUCUUUUUUUUAUUAUAUAUAGCCACGUAUAGGCAUAAACCAUUAAAACAUAUUCAACCGAGGACAAAAGAUGCAGUUCACGAAACACACUUGGCUUUAGGGGCAUGUUGUCACACUACAUGGGGUAAAUUGUCACAGUGAGAGUAAAUUAUGAGCAAGCUCUUGUUUUGGCAAACAGUAAUAAAUGAGGACAUUUACUGAGGUCUGAUGGAGAACCGAACAACUCCACAGUCCUGAACCAAACACCUGGCAGACCCACUCUUUCUUCACACAUGAACCCCUCGUCUCCUCCAUAUAUCCAUGUGUAUGUCUGCUCUCAGGCUUUGUUCUGAUUGUCUGAGAACGAUCCGCUCUCUCUAAACACUCUUCAGCACACUUCACACACAGACCAAUCCUGUCCUUCCUAUAAUCCAAGACGUUUGCUUCCUCUCGGUUCCUCUGAUGAUCCGUCUCUUCUGUGACGUCGGUGUUCAUGACACGUCUCUGGUUCUCCAGCAUCUUCUGCUCUUCAGUGACUGUGAUGUAGAGAUCAUCAGGAGGAAACUCUGAAGAUCUGAUCUCUGGAGACGAUGGGAGGGACGCAGCGCUCUCACGGCUUCUGAAUACAAAUACGUUUGAUCUCUUAUAUUUGUAUGAAUGCAGAAGGUUUCUAAAGGUGACUGUAUGCGUAAAGAACCAGUCAGUGCUUUGGACUCGUUUGAUUGAACGUAUAUUUAAUCAAAUGUGUUAAACUACACGUGUGUGAGGGGUAAUGUGGAGUCGUGGUCUCAAAGGCUACUCAAAAUAAAAUCAUACAUUUAAGCUUAAA